AACGCACUGCACAGUAAAACAAAUCCACAUUUUUAUACCGCUUGAAAGUACAGUAAACAGAUAGACAGAAAAACUUCGAAACUCUUUUAUUUCUUUUAGCCGAAUCAACAAAUGGCUUAUAACAGUCAAGAUACUUCUAACUCGUACUCGCAAUACAAUAAUAUCAGUAUGCCUAUUCAACCUCAACAAGGUCAACCGAAAGAAAAAAUACAACAGUCAUCCUUGGAAUUAGAGAAGAGACAGAAAAAAAUCGCACAAAAUGCACAUAAACGAAAGCCAUUAACAAUUGAAUCAGAGCGUGAUAAACAAAAAGCAGAACUAGAAAAGUCAGGAAAUGAAUUGAAAAGUCUUUUAGCACAAUUCGGAACAAAAGCAAAAGUCGCUGAUGAUAUAGAAAGUGAUGCUAAAAGAUUACGUAGCAACAUUGAAGCAUUAAUGGCAAAAGCGCAAGCCAAAGUCAACAAGCCUAUACAAGUAACACCACCACCACCACAACUAUCACAGGUACCGCAGCAACCACAACCACAACCACAAUCACAAUCACCGGCGAUGGAACAACAAGAAGGAUUAUUUACUUCAAUAUGGAAUAGCCUUUUACAUAUAAUCUUAUUUCCUUUUAAUCUUAUAAUAAACUUAUUACAAUUAUUAUACAAUUCAAUUAAUUGGACGGUAUUAUUAUCCUGUAUAUUAUUAAUAGAAUUAAUAAUAAUUGGUUUAAUUUGGUCUGUCAGACGAAGUCAAUAUACAUAUGCGUACGUUGAACCGUACGAGGCAGUUGUACAUGGAACUUUUGGAGUUGAACAAAACACAUGGGGAAUAUCGACGGCUGUAAAUUUAAUACAUGAUUUUAUAGCAGAAGUGAUGAAUGGAGGUCGCGGGUUCGGCAGUCCAAGUUAUGACGGUUUCGUGCCAAUAUAGUGUUAAAUAAUAAAUACUUAAUAAUAUAUAUAAAAAUAAUGAAUGGGGUUGACCUCCUUCAUCAUAUACAUAUUAAUAUACAAGUAUAUACAUACACAUUAUAAUGGGACAAUCCUUGUUAAUUUUAAUAUAUUUUUUAGAAAAUAAUUAAUUUUUUCCUCCUACCACCCCUUCCCCCCUUUCACUUGUACAUAUUGCUCUUUUUUGGUUCACUUGUUUAAAAAUUUUUUUUUUCCUUAUUUGUAUUUUUUUUGUUUAGACUGUUUUAUUAUAAUUUUUCUUUACCCUUAAUUUUCCUUGCACUUGCACAAAUAGUUUAUAACGUACAUAUAAUGCAUUAUACAUUUCACAAAAUUACCUUAAUUUUCAUACUCCCUUCCCUAGAAAAAUAAUUUCAUUCCCAACAAAAAAAAAAGAAAAAAAAAAACUUUGAUUAGUUUUUUUUUUUUCACGUAUCUGCUCUUCAA